CGGCCACAGUCGCGGCCCCGCGCACGCGCGCGCACUCACAAUUCAGCCACGAUUGCUCAGGAGCGUGUCCACGCCCUCAGAGCAAGGCGCUUAACCAAUCAUUGCAGCCGCACGGGGCAUCACGGGAACUCUGGGGCUAUAAAAGACCUGGUUGCUAUUUUAUACCCCUCGAGUCACUCAUCCUUUAAGCCGGGUGGGUCUAGGUGCGCGUGCGCGUCGUAAAUACUCCUCCCCGAACUGCCAACUCUUCGCGCAACCGCGGUAGGCCUUCCCCGCCUGGGCUCACGCGUGCGCACUAACCGGCCUGGCCCCGGAAAACUAGACGCCUGCGCGGUGGGGACUACAGUGACAGUCCCUGGGGUGGGGCGCAGGCCAGUCAUGGCGGAGCCUUGGUCCGGGCAGUCCUUGCAGGCUCUGCCGGCUACGGUGCUGGGCGCACUGGGCGCCCUGGGCAGCGAGUUCCUGCGGGAGUGGGAGGCGCAGGACAUGCGCGUGACUCUCUUCAAGCUGCUGCUGCUGUGGUUGGUGUUAAGUCUCCUGGGCAUCCAGCUGGCGUGGGGGUUCUACGGGAACACGGUGACCGGGCUGUAUCACCGCCCAGAGCCCCACCCCACAGCCUGCUGCAGCUCUGGCUGUGUUCCUGCCCCCAGGUCUGGGCGGCCAGAACGGAUCCACACCUGAUGGCUCCACGCAUUUUCCUUCCUGGUGAGUAUCUGUCCCCACCCCAGCCCCAUGCUUGGCAGGCAGAGGACGUUCCUGUGCCGGAGGUGGUGGGAGGGGGCUCUCGGGGUGGGAGUCCACCAGUUUUAGUGGCCUUUGCAGCAAGCUCCAAGGUGUACAGCCAGAACUCAGGCUUCAAGCUGGGGGUGACGCUGAUACCUGGACAGCUUCUCUAAGCAUGCUGUCCAGCAACCUGUGGAGUGGGUGGUAGGGACAUUAUCACCAUUUUACAGAUGAGGGAACAAUUUCAGAGAGAUGAAGUGACAGGUCUGUUGCAUUCCUCUCCAAUGUAAGCCCCUCAUUUGGGAAGCCAGGAGUCUCUGUCCUUAGAGCACUGACUGGCCUCAUCAAGGCCAGCCUCCUGAUGUGUGAAACAUGAACUCACUAAUCAGGCAGUCAUUCAGCUAAUCUGAGCUGAGACCAAAUUCUGUCUUAGUUCCCUGGAGCUGCCGUAAAAAACAGUAAUUAAUUUCUCACAGUUCUGGAGACUAAAAGUCUAAUUAAGCCAUUUGGGGUCGAUUCCUUAUGUAGGCCUCUCUCCUGGUUUCUGGUGGCUGCCAGCAAUCUUUGGCUUUUCCUUGAUGCUUAUUGAUGCAUCUGCUUCCAUUGUCACAUGGCAUUUAUAUUCCCACUACAUGACAUACUCCCUUUUUAUAAGACACCCCUCAAAAGAAAUUAGGACUAGGGCCCACCCUACUCUGGUUUGAUCUCAUUUGACCCAGUUGAUAAGAAAAGAGAAACUAUUUCCCCAAACAAGGUCAUAUUUACAGAUAACAGGGAUUAGGACUUCAACAUAACUUUUUGGGGGAAACAUUUAAUCCAUAACACUCUAUCCUCUGUCUACCCCAAGUUCCAUUUCCUUCCCAUGUGCAAAAUACGUUCAUCCCAUCGCAAAAGUCUUAACCCAUUCCAGUGUCCACUCUUAAGUCCAAAAUCUCAUCUUUUGAAUCAUCUAAAUCAAGUAUGAGUGACACUCUGGGUGUUUUCCAACCUGGGAUAAAAUUCCUCUCCAUCUGUGGACAGAUGAAACCUAGAAUACAGGUUAUUUGUUUCCAAAAUAUAAUGGUGGCCCCUAUAAUACAUAGGAGCUUAGAAAUUAGCUGAAUGAAUGAGCAUAUGGAGAGGAGGGACCUGUAGGGCCUUUAUCCUAAGGUCCAGGAAACUAUUGAAGGACUCCAGGAGGUGGGGCCUGAUCUAAUUUGCCUUAUAACUGCCUGUGUCAUGGCAAGAUGAAGCAGUCCAAGAGUGAAGGCAAUAGGCUAGUUAGGAAGCCUGCCACUGCCCAGGUUUCUGUCUUGUGCAACUGGGGAAGGAUGGUGGCACCAUAAGGUGGGGACCCAGGAGGAAGAACAGGUCUGCAGGGGGAAGGUGUUGAGCCCAGUGUGGACUGUGGGGCCUGUGAGGCACUAGAAUCUAAAGCUCAGCAGAGAGGUCUGGAUCGUAGUAUGGCAUUACUGAGCCCAGCUCAGCUCCCAAGAAGGGUCUGGGAUGAGCCAAUCCCAGGGACUGCUCUGCUGCCCAUGAAAUAACGCCUCUCUUCUCUCUCUCCAUCACUUUCAGGGAAACUGCAGCAAAUGAACCUCUCAAAACCCACAGAGAAUAAAAGAAGGCAACAGGGAGUCUCCUGGCUCCCACAUUGGGUUCUCCUGCUGCCAAGUCCUGUGGAUGACUACAGGAGGAUUGGGGCUGGGGACAGGGAGUACCUUAGCACUUGCAGGGCUGGGCCUCUGCUGCCCUCAGCCCUGCCUCCAACAGUCCCAGGCAUUGGGUCAGUGAACUUUGCCUCUACCCUGAUCUGUGUGCCUUAAGGGGGAAAAGUAUGCUGUUCCUCUCUCAGGGGUUGGAGCUCAGGAGAAGCCUUUGGAUUGGGGAAGCCAACAAUCCAUUUUCUGUCCUAUAUCUCCUGGCCCUCUUCCCAUCCCCCUGUGGUAUGACCCCAUAGAGAUUUGUCUCCUUGAGAGGAUGAGGUUGCGGUUGACCAGCCAUGGGAUUUGUAAGGAAGUCUGUUCUCCCCUAAGCCCUGGGUUCCCUGGAUUCCUUUGGUUUUGCUUUGUUGGCAGGGAGCCAGGGUAUCCUGGCCUGGGCCAGGCUUUAUACUCUGGGGCGGCUUCCUGCCCGCACUGCUGAAGUGCCCGUGGGGUCUCAGGUCUGCACCCUGCUCCCUCACUGGGAAGUAUUGAGAAGUUACUUAGCUAUUUAGAUAUAAGGUCCUAUGGCAGGGGGAGCUAGCACCAUUCAAUCAUGGAGGCACUGAACACCAUCUCCCUGGCCCAUCUAGAUCUCUUUAGGUAUGACCCAGGCAGAGGAAAUUGUCAUUUCCGAAAUGUCCUAUUCAUAUUCCUCAGUCUUUCUGGAGGGAAAAUUGGGUGCCUGAAAGGGGCAGAGCCCACCAGCUGAGCUCCUGGGGUGGCCUCCCACCCCCGGCACUGAAGUGUCUAUGGGUCUUGAGUAUGUACCAUGUCCUUCACUGAGGUACUGGGCAGUUAGUACAGAGCAGCCCCAUCAUGCACUGCAUCCUCAUCACUUCCCACCUUGACCUGGAACAACAGGAUCCUCAUCCUAAGAGCCCCAAGGCUUAGCAUCUCCUCACCAGCACCAUCUCAAUGCAGAAGAGCCACAGGUCAGGCAGGCCUGCCACCUCCACAGCAGGCCAGGGGAGCUUCCAAAGGUGUGUGUUGCAAAACAUCCCCAAAGAAACACUGGUUGCUGAAAGCAGUGAGGCCCUGUACCUGCCUCACUCUCUAAUGGCAAUAUCUCUGCCUGCCUCUGCUGGGCUACCAGCUACCUCAGUGUCCCACUGCCCUCUUCCUCCCAGUUAGAGGUCACGUUUCGAUAUGGCAGCCUUUGCCUAGGCCAUCCUUAAGGCAGAGGGGCAUUGGAAGUGGGGGCUGUGAUGAACACACUCCAGAGAUAUCUUCUGGCUAGCAGAUUAAUGGUCUUCCCAGGUCCACCACACACAGGCUCAACUGAAGACAUGGCUUAUUAAAAAUGGAAGUGGAUCAGUCGUGUGGUUAUUCAGACAGGACAAGGCCAUGCAUGCACAGGGGUAACUGAAGUGGGAACACCCAGGGCGGCGGGGGCUGUUGCUCUUCAGGACCCAGAAUGCAAUGGUUUGCACAGGUGAAGAGAUGAUGCCAGCUCCUUAGAAAAGUGAUCGUGGGGUGCCCAAAAGGAAUAUCCCCAUCAGCCCUUUCAGGCCUGGCCCCUCUCAAGGAGAACCUAUUCCAAGCCUGAUCAUGGAGGUCAGGAUGGCAGGCAUUGGGGUAGCACCCCAGGAACCCUGUGGAUAAAGCACAAAGAAGCUAACAACUAUGACAAGCAAGGAAGAAGGAAGCUCAUUUAAUUUUUUCAGGAGUCAGUAUAGUCCAGUAAUGGGCCCCAGGGGCAAAGGUCAGCUCAGGGUAAGGCAGAUCCAGGAGGAGACCCACCCCAGCCCUACAGCAGUCCUGGAGCUCAACAGGUGGUGAGCUUGGCAUGGUUAGUUUGCUACUGGGUGGCAGGCUGGGCCAAAGCCGGAAUAAGGAAGAGUGAGCCCAUGGCCUCCCAGCCAUCCCCGAGUUUACACAUAGGCACGGCAGCCCUGCCGGGCCAACCCUUAGUGAGUCAGGAAUCAUUGCUGCCCAGAGAAAGGCCACAGUUUGCAUUUGGGAAAAGCAAAUUGGAGGAGGUGGCCUAAUCUGGCACUGCCCAAGGUAAUAGCCUUUGUAGUGUGAGAAACAGCUUUGAGAGGUAGGUUGGGCAGGGUUUUGCUUUCCUGCAAAGGUGAGCCUUUGCUCCACAGCCAGGACCUGGCAGAGUGGAAGGGAGAGAUGCCAGAACUGGUGUUUCUCACAGCCUUCCAGCGGGUAAGAGGGGUCAGUGGGAGCGUGGGCUGAAACAGAGUAUUGGGUAAGCUGGUAUGUUGCUCAGAAAAAGGGUCCUCAAGUUGGAGUGGCACUGGGGAGUCGGGGUGGGGCAGGAGAGAAUAGAUGGAGCAGACUUCCUCAACCAGAUAACUAAAGCCAGCCUCCACCUUUAUACUCCCCACCCCCGCCCCCACCCUUCUUUUCUGUCUCAGUUUCCUAACUAACCACUUAUAGAAUGCCCUCCAGGGCAAGGCUGUUGGAGGGGAGGGCCCUGUCCCCAUCCACCCUCACUUGAGGGUAUAGUAGGUUGUAGGCACAAAAGGCAUCUUGCUGACCACAGCUGCCUGCCGCUUCCGCCGCACUUCUACCAGCACCAAGGUCCCUGGCUGACUGUACUGGCUGGGCACAUAACCCAUCGCCACAUUCUUCUUCAGGCUGGGCGAGGGGCAGCCACUGGUCACAGUACCUGUCCCGACAUAGGCCAUGCAUCAGCACCAACCUCCCAGUCUAGCACCCCAACACCUCUGGGGAAGUUCCAGAACAAGGGCUCCCCCGCCUCCCUGGUUCACCUACCAAUCACAGUACCCUCUGUGCUCAGGAUGGGGCUGUGUGCCCGCAUCGGGGGCCCCUCGCACAUCAACCCCACACGCCUUCGCUGCACCUUGCCCUUAAGCUGGGGAACGAUGACCUCAGCUCCAGGGAAGUCCAUGGCAGCUCGGCGGCGCUUCCCUGGAGUGUGACACACCAGGCAUAAGUCACAGCCCAUAGGAGCCCUGGCCACAGGAAGUCCUAACUACAAGGACCCCAAGUGACAUCCAUCUAGCAUCGAGGUCUCUUCACUCAGGCCUCCCCAGGGCCCAUUCCUCCCCUGCACUGCAGUCAGUCAGCCACUGCUUCCUGUCCCCUGGCCCAGAAGUUCAUGCUGCCCACCUUGGCCUGCCAAGGGUCCUCAGCUUCUAAUGAACGGGGCACAGGGACAUCUCCAAGGAACGGAGGCUCAGGAAGGCCAAGUCACUUGCUUCAGGCUACACAACCUUUGGAGUUGUCAAGGACUGGCUAGUCUCACGAAGGGCCGUUCCAACCUUCAAGACCCCAUCCUUGAGUCCCAACCUAGCUCACCUAAUGUCCAGCUGAGGCUGCCCUCCACAGGUGUGGUGUGUUCAUCAAUG